ACCCCACUACCUACAAUUCUACACAACUCUCUCUUUACGAAUUAUCCUUACACAGCAUCUAUAAACCUCGAACACCAUCAUGGCAGACCUCAACCUCCAAGAGAUUCACGACCUGCUGCUCAAUGUCGCCCAAGAAGCAGGGCGAAUGAUGCUCGCAGCAACACCCUCCUACCUCUCCUCCGGCACCAAAUUGAACUCCGCCGACCUCGUCACCGAAACCGACAAAGCCGUCGAAAAAAUGGUCUCCACGCGCCUCCUCUCCGCCCACCCAACCUUCCAAUUCAUCGGCGAAGAAACCUACUACCCCGGCCAAAAGCUCACCUCCGCGCCAACAUUCAUCGUCGACCCCAUCGACGGCACUACAAACUUCGUACAUGCCUUCCCUGCGUUCUGCAUCUCCCUCGGAUUUACCGUCGACAAGAUCCCCACUGUCGGUGUUGUGUAUAAUGCGUACUUGGAUGAGUUAUAUACUGCCAUUAAAGGACAUGGCGCCUUCUUGGUACGUAAUGGAGGAGAGAAACAGAGGUUGCCGCUGAAGCAGGAGCCGGAGCCACUGAAGGAUCUGAGUACGUGUCUGGUGGGCACGGAGUGGGGGAGUGAUAGAACAGGAAACAAUUUCGCGCUGAAAUGUAAAGUGUUUUCCAAACUAGCAGCUUCAAAGGAAGAGGGUGGUGCUAUGGUCCACUCGCUGCGGGCGUUGGGAUCAGCGGCUUUGAACCUGGUAGCUGUGGCGAGUGGACAGCUGGAUGUGUACUGGGAGGGUGGAUGCUGGGCUUGGGAUGUGGCUGCGGGGUGGUGUAUUUUGGUUGAGGCGGGUGGGAUUAUGGUUGGUGGGAAUCCGGGGGAUUGGGAGGCUGAGGUGGAGGGGAGGAAAUACCUUGCUAUUAGGGGGGCGCCGAGUGGGCAGAAGGAGAUUGUGGAGGAGGUUUGGGGGGUUGUUGGGGAGGGGAGGUUGAUUUAUGAGAGUUGAGGAGGGACGAGUGAUGAGUUAUGACUGCGAGAGAGUGUGUAUAGAAUGCAUUGGUGCCGUCCAUAGAAGGCAUGGCUUGCAUAAUAGAUGCAUGGGAUAGACAUAGACUGCAUGGAAUUCAAUACAUAUAUCAAAUUC